AUGGCACGUUUCGCGUCAAGCUCGUCGCCCAAUCCGUCCGUUCCCGUCGACGAAGACCGGGCGGGGCAAUGUGACGGCGGCGAUGAGGAUUACGGGGGGAUCUGUGCGGAGGGCGGAGCGGAGAUGUUGGCGGAGGAAGGGAGAGCUGGCGGAGAGGGUUCGGGGACUGAGGGAGCGCGGGACAGCAGCGGCAACAGCAGCAACGGCAGCAGCCAUGGGAGCGCGGCGGACGACGACAGAGGGCUGCGCGGCCUCUUGCGCCAUUGCCGCCCGCAGAGCAGGUGCGCAAGCAACACGCGCGCCGACGAGAGCAUUGCCAGUGGCGCGGAGGGCGGAGAGGGGAAGGCGACCGCGGCGGGGGCUCCGCUGAAGCGCAGCUUGACAGCAGAUGCGACGGGGAAGAGCAUGGCGCGGGACGCGUUCAACAGUUCGACGGCGGAGAGUUUGGUGCGGUCGGCGAGCGAUGUGCUGCAGGACGUGGCGAUGGACGAGAUGGACAGAGAGGUGCUGCAAGAGGCGUUUGCGCGCGUGGUGGCGCUGCAGCAGCGCGUGCAGCACUACCGCGACCUGGGCGGGUUCGUGGUGCUCAUGGCGCUCUUCAUCACCAUCCUCUACCUCCAGGCCGACUCCUCCCGCAGCUACGAAAUCACCGCCGCGCACGCAGUGCUCUUCCCCCCCGUAUGCUCCCCUACCCCCCGCCGUGCUCGUCCCCCUUGUAUGCUCCCCCCUCCCCACCUCGUGCUCUUCUCCCCAUGCUCCUCCCCACACCUCCCCCCCUUCGUGCUCUACGCACCUGUAUCCUCCCCACUUCCGCAGUCCCCACACCUCUUGCGUUGCAUGCAUGCACUCCCCCCACACUCCCCCCCGCCUGGGCGAGGCAUGCAGCAGGACGCCUCCAACACCUUCGCUGGUCCGGAUGACUUCUACAGUUGGCUCAACACCAGCAUCGUGCAAGUGCGCUUCCCCUCCCUCUCCCUUUUCCCACCCAUGCAGCAUCACACCUCUCUCCUGCCCACAUCAAAACCCGCACAGUCGUCAGCUCGUGCACUACUCACUGCCUCUCUCUCCUGCCCACCGCCCCUGCAGAGUCUGUGGAUGGACCCCACCUGUGGCGACGGCUCGUGUCACCGCCCCUUCCAGUUCCCCGCGUUUGGCCGCUUUGGUUGUGAGGCGGACUGCGGCACAUUCCCCAACCUCACCUCAGUGGUUGUCAGUUUCUCCUCUCACCUCGACAUGCAUCAGACUGAGGACGAGUCUUCUUGGAACCUCUGCAUGGUCAACCCGGUCUCCCUCUGCUGGUACGAGUCAUUCCAGCCAUUCCCGCGCGGUGAUGCGGAGGUGUCAGUGGCGGUGGACAUUCCGGACGGCGACUGGGUGGUGGUGCUCAACGCGCCCGCGGGGGGCAUCCGCGGCACCGUGCACGCGCCCCCUCCCGGCACGCGCCGCUUCUCCGUCGUCGGCGCCGCCUCCACCAUUGAGCUCGCCGCGUGGGGCUACUGUACGCACGACGAUGACGUGGAUGCAGCCAAUCAGGCGCAGCCCAGUGGCGGCGCUGCUGGUUCUGCACCUGAUAUCUGUCGUGAU